AUGAAUCAUACCAGCGGACGCACAGCCUCCGAUGGCGCCGAUAACGACGCCAACGAUGCAGAAGCGUAUUCCCUCCUGAUGGCAUAUCCCGAAGAGUCUGACUACUACGCCCUCCUCGGUCUCCCCCGCGACCCUCCCCCCACAGAUGGUGCGAUCCGGUCGGCAUACCGGACGCUCACGUUAAGCUUCCACCCGGACAAACAACCGUCGGAACUGCGCGACGUGGCUGAGCAGCAAUUCAAGCGCAUUCAGGACGCGUACGAAUCCCUUAUAGACCCGCAGAAAAGAGUCGUGUAUGAUCUGUUAGGCGCAGAGGGAGUGCGCAGGGAAUGGGGUUUACGGGGAUCAAUGGGACGAGGCGGCGAACUGGAAAGGCAGGGGAAGCAGGCUCAGGUUGGGGUCAGGGCGAUGAAGUCGGACGAGUUCCGGGAUUGGUUCCUUGAAAUGAUGAAGAGGAGAGAGAGGACAGUGCUUAAUUCUAUGGUUAAGAGUAAGGGAUCUUUGGUUGUGGGCGUCAAAGCUACGGAUAUGAUUACCGUGAACAAGGACGGCGACGAAGUAUACCUAGAAAUGCCUUCGCCGAAACUGUCAAAUUUUGCUGUGCGGUACUCCUUUGUGACGCCGUUCCCGUCGCUCCAGACUGUUUUUGGGGAGGAUGAGAAAGAGGAUGAUGAGAUGGAGAACGGGGAAGAGGCAGGGAAAGCAGAUAAAGCUACUGGCAGGCCCGAAUUGGAGAUAUAUGCUGGUGUCGCGGGGGGUUUCCAGCGCCUCUUCAAUCAGGUCGAAUUUGAAUACGAAGAUGGCGAGACUGAAAUGCGAAACAAUAUCACCCUCGGGGCCAGCACCGACCGAGUAAUUACCGACCGAAACCCCAAGGGCCUCCUCAGAAGAUGGCCAUUUUCAUAUUUUCAGAAUACGCUCGUCUCCGUUGGUGCUACUGCCCUGCCAGAAACCACGUUACAAGCAAACGUGACCAAAAGCAUCGUCGUUACGCCUGGGACGAAGCCUUUCAACGUGGUUCUUGGGACUACCUUCAGUCGCUCAAUUUUCGAAGCUCCACCGAUGCUCAACUUGCAAGUGACUAAAAGUAUUGGCCAGAAAAAGACUGCGUUCUGUAGCUGGUCCAGCGGAUACCUUGAUUGGCCUCUUGUGAUUCAAACAUUGUUCUUACCUUUUGUUGGGGAGGAUGUCUUUCUUGAGCAUCAGGAAGUAAGCCAGCUCCAAGUCGGAAUUGCCUCUCAAUCACCGAAGCUUUCGCCUGCCUUUGUUGAAGAUGAUGAAGAAGACGUCGCGCGGUCUUCCGAAGACGAAGAGGAGGACGAAUACGAGGUAAUCCGCGCAAGGAAGCGCGAAGAAGAAAAAGCCGCGGAGGCUUGGACUGUUGCCAUCAGUUCGUCACCAGUCACGAACGGCAUUAUUCUCAAAUAUUCUCGGAACAUCUUCUCCGGAUCAGCGGCCACUGAUGCUCUCUCCCAAUGGAGCUCUGAAAAGCACUAUGCGUUGCCGCCAGCCAACGAGCCGCGGUCUGUGCGGCUCGAUGUCAAUGCUACCGUCUCUAUGAACUUAUCGCUCGGCUGGAGUAUCCACGGUUCUCGCCAGGUCAGUGAACUGACCCGCAUGGGAUUCGGGGUUAGCAUUCAAUCUCGGGGUCUCAUCUUGUCCCUAUCAUGGGCCAGACUAGGGCAGAGGAUCAGACUUCCGAUUGUGAUUUGUGCUAUGGAUAAUGUCACAGCAGACUCUGCUACCCUGGUCGUUCUUCUGCCAUGGCUAACAUAUUGCGCGGUCGAGUUUGGGUUCAUUCGACCCAGAGAAAGGCGCAAUCGCCGAAAGCUGAUUGCCAAGCGGCAGAAGAAGCUGAGGCAGCAAAUUCCCCGGAAGAGGUUGGAAAGCGCACAGGCCAUUGAGAUCAUGGCCGACCAAGUGCGACGACGGCAGGACAAGGAGUACAGCCGAGGGGGUCUGGUCAUCACCAAGGCAGAAUAUGGCCACUAUCUUUCAAAACGGAAUGCUGACACGGAGCCCGCAGUGACUGAUGUCACUAUUCCGGUAGCCGCGCUGGUGGACCAUGGCCAGCUCAAUAUAUCCAAGAAAACAGCCAAGUUCCACAUUCUUGGAUUUCACGACCCGGCCCCUCUACAGCAGAAGACGUUGAAGAUAUGGUACCAGUACCACGGAAAGGAACAUUACGUCGAGGCGAACGACGCAGAAGGCGUAAAUUGCCCUAUGCGGUCUCAUCUAGUUGCUGCUUGA